CUCCAAUAUUGUAAAAAAACAUUUGAGUGAAAAUGGCUGCCCUACAGAUUUAAGCCUCAUCGCUCCGGAGAGGAGAUCUCUUCAGCCGCCCAGCACAACCGCCAUCCGCAGUCCGGGAGCGGCCGCCGGUCGUCCGGACGGUGACAUUAGUCGAUAAACAGAGCCGAGCUCUGCUUCCAGGGAUGGGAGAUGUGUGCGUUUCGCCGUUAACCCUUCGCAGCCCGAGCUCCGCGGACCAGUGAGGUACAGUACCGUCUUCACCCGCCGCUCCGUCCAGCGCCCCGGCCGAGCCGUUCGCUCUCACUGUCCGCUCUGUCUGCGUGCGGGGAGGCGGAGGAACCCGUUAAAGCCCAUGCACGGAGAUACGGAUGGAGAAAAGCAGUCGCUCCGCCGCGUCUGGAAAAUGAUGCAUCAGGUAGCCGGCAACAGUAACGACUACGGCUUGGGCGGCCUAGGCGAAGAUGGCCAGCACCCGAGCAGUCAUUUUGAGUUAUGCACCUCGCAGUCCAGCAAGUUCUACCCGUCCGGUCCGCCUCCGCCUCUGCAGCUGCCGCUGCCCAGCCUGCCCCCUUUGCCGCAGAGCAUGAUCAAACCCAUGUCCUGCCAGAUGCAGGACGCCCAGAACGACUUUCACCCCCAGUCCGUGAGGAUGAGGGGCGUGGAGGUGCCGGAGGGAUCCAAGAAAAAGAAAGGACUCGGGAAGACGGGAAGACGAGGUAGGCCUGCGGGCACCACCAAAUCCGCCGGGUAUCGGACGAGCACCGGCAGACCCCCGGGCACCACCAGGGCAGCAGGGUUCAAAACCAGCCCAGGAAGGCCUCUGGGCACCACCAGAGCCGCCGGCUACAAGGUCAGCCCCGGCAGGCCGCCGGGCAGCAUCAAAACAUUGGCAAAGCUCAACAAACUGGACCAUAGUGCCUGCAACGGAGCGCCGUUCCCUUACUCCCUCAUGCAGAAACGGGGCCUGUGUGAGGCCGCUGUCAAAGACAAAAACGCUAGCGAGUGACCGCAAGCUUUUCUAUUUAUUCGCGAGGGAGCGUAUGUCUGAAAUCGAGACGAAUCGACGUCCGCGACAGGGCAGGACUUUUGUGAGGCAGAGGAGGGCGAAAUGAAAAAAAUAAUAAGAAUUGAAUUUUGAUACCUGGGCGUGACACUUACUACGUGUUGCGUUAUGAUCAUUUUGUGUAUCUAUAUCCAAAGAGCAUUACCAUUCUCUUUCACUCUUAAAGGAGCAAUAAGUACAUAUUUUCCUGUUGAAAUGGAAUAAAAUAUUAAACCUACAUAAUAAUAUAGCAGUAAUGUGUGUGGAAUUACAGAUAUAUUGUGAUUACAAGUGCAGCCUCAUGGCGGACCUUUCUUUUCUACUUACUGUUCUUGUAUCAUGAUGUGUGACUGGCCGAGAGUCAGUAGCGUGACUGAUAAGCAACCCCUCACCUCAAACACACACACACACACACACACACACACACACACACACACACACCUAGCUGCUUAUUGCUCCUUUAAACCUUCUAUUAACCUACUGUACAGAUGUGCAUGAUAGUAGUCUUGUGAAAUACAAAUACAGUAUCUAAAGCGAUUAUGUUAGACCUUUCGACCAGUAGUCCUCACUCAAGAAAAUAAACGCUUUGUGUUGUUUUUAAAUCUUUGUUACUUUAACUUUUGAUAACGUGACCGUCUGGGACGAGGUCACUGCUGUUCUGUAGCCACAUCUGAUCUCCACUCUGAUUUUAAACUCGAUAACCAGACAUAUUUAUCCUUCUUUUUUCCAACGUGUAUGUGAAAGUGCUAUGCUUGUACUGUCCUUGGUAAGAUCUCUCUUUUCCUUUGUAUUUAUGAAAAAUGUGAUGCCCUUUUUUCGA